AUGCUUCCCAAGAAAGCAUGCAAGGGGCGAGGACUCAGGCAGGUAGGCAGCUUCGCACAACCGAUCGAGCGGAUCGUGGCGGACGAGAAGAUGAAGAGGAGAUACUGCCCCGAAAGCGAAAGUUUUACGCAGCGGACCGAUCCUUCGGGGACAGGUUUUCGAGAGAAAAAAAAGAAGAAGAAAAAGAAAAAGAAAAAGACACCAGGACAUUAUGCAGAAGCGGCAAAGGCAGCAAAGGCAGCAGAACAAGAUACAGCAGAAGAACGAGAGGCGUUGCCGUCCCUGUUCGUCUCCCAAGACGAAGAAGACUCAAACGGAGCAGAAAAUGUAUGUUCUCCGAAUAUCUUCAACAUCGAUGGUAGCUUACAGUAUGCAGGAGAGCAUGAGCAGCAAGCCCCAGCGCCCAAGGGGAAGCGGAAGAUCACAGAGCUCCAGAAAGGGUUGGCAUCGAGGGGGGAAGAGACCAAUAAAGGCACUCGCGCGACGGGCGAUGAGCGUAGUGUCCCGAUAUCUGAAAAGAGAGAAGUAAGCCUGGGUGCGGAUCUGCAAAGAAGCCGCUCAAAAAAAAUCGUCUCGGCCUUACAACCACACUCUCGAGCCCGCAUCUGUAUCGACCAGCGCUCCUUACCAGUCUCCAAAAGCACCAACGGCCAGAGCAGAAAUGAAUCCCUUAGACGAGAUUCUCGGGAAAUCCACGGUGAUCGAGUAAGACCAAGGGAGAAAUUAAAUGAUAUUACACACAUGUAUCAACAUGCGGUUGCUCCACACGACGUCUGUUCUUUUCGAGCUCGAGCAGCGCCCAAGUAA